AUGGCCUACACCGGACUGGUACUGGCACUGCUGACACUGCUCCUAUCGGUGGCGUGUUACUUCAAGAUCCUUUACGAGUGGCAUCGAAAGGUACGCGUGCAAGCCGUCCGAUCGGUGCGCUUGCCGAAGAAGCUCCAGGAUCAUCAGUCGCCGGAACGCGAGGAACAGCAACUGGUAACGGUUUCGCAAGCUCCCGGUCCGAUGCCGUGGCCGAUUCUGGGCAGUUUGGCGAUCCUCGGCAAGUACGAGGUUCCCUUCGAGGGUUUCACGGCGCUGGCACGGAAGUACGGCGACGUGUACAGCCUGACGCUCGGUUCCAACCGCUGUCUGGUGGUGAACAGCCUCGAGCUGAUCCGGGAGGUGCUGAACCAGAACGGGCGCUACUUCGGCGGCCGGCCGGACUUUCUGCGCUUCCACAAGCUGUUCGGCGGCGAUCGCAACAACUCGCUUGCUUUGUGCGAUUGGUCCGCGCUGCAGCAGAAGCGCCGUAAUCUGGCUCGUAAACACUGUUCACCGAGCGACGCUUCUAGCUAUUAUCAGAAGAUGAGCGACGUCGGCGUAAUGGAGAUGCAUCGGUUUAUGGAUCAGCUGGAUGCGGAGGUGAUUCCGGGGCGGGACUUCAAGGUGAAACCACUGAUCAUGCAGGCCUGCGCCAAUAUGUUCAGCGAGUACAUGUGCUCGGUGCGGUUCGAUUAUAAUGACGCCGGCUUCCAGCAGAUGGUUCGUAACUUCGACGAGAUUUUUUGGGAAAUCAACCAAGGCUACGCCGUUGACUUUAUGCCAUGGUUGGCUCCGUUCUACCACAAGCACAUGAACAAACUUACCCGGUGGUCGGCCGACAUUCGUGACUUCAUCUGCGAGCGAAUCAUCAACGAACGGGAGCAAAACUUCGGCGAAGACGAACCCGAGCGGGACUUUACCGACGCUCUGUUGAGAAGCCUCCGAGAGGAUCCCGCCGUUAGCCGGGACACCAUCAUGUACAUGCUGGAGGACUUCAUCGGAGGUCACUCGGCAAUCGGAAACCUGGUCAUGCUCGCCCUCGGCUACAUCGCCAAGCACCCAGACAUCGGCCGUAGAAUCCAGCAGGAGAUCGAUCACGUCACGGAAAACGGCACACGAAACGUCACCCUGUACGACACCGAAAGCAUGCCCUUCACCGUUGCCACCAUCUUCGAAGUGCUCCGAUAUUCUUCCUCCCCAAUCGUACCGCACGUAGCCACCGAGGACACCUGCAUUUCCGGCUAUGGCGUCACCAAGGGCACAAUCGUCUUCAUCAACAACUACGACCUGAACACCAACGAAAAGUACUGGGACGAACCGAAACGCUUCAAUCCGGCACGGUUCAUCGAAAGCGCCACCUUAGCUCAAAUCCGAACCGACCUGGUCGAUUCCCCAACGGCCAAACAGGACCUAAGCAACAUCAUCAAAAACAACCAGAUCGACGCCUCCAACGAAAACCAGAAGCAGAUCCUGCGGGUAAAGAAAAACAUACCGCACUUCCUGCCCUUCAGCAUCGGCAAGCGAACCUGCAUCGGGCAGAACCUGGUGCGCGGGUUCAGCUUCAUCAUUCUGUCCAACAUCCUGCAGAAAUACAACGUACAAACGAGCGAUCCCGCCCAGAUCAAGAUGUACCCGGCCUGUGUGGCCGUCCCACCGGACACCUACCCGCUGGCGUUUACCCAUCGCAAUCAGCAGCACUGA